AGUGUUAGAAGCUGGAGUCCUGCCUACUCAAGUGUAACACUCGUCGUUUUUGACACUAGUGGGGAAAACACUUCUACGCCCAUAAUGUUUACGUUUGCUUUCCUUCUUGCCCUCCCAUCUGUUCUCGUAUCAGCCGCGGAACCGGCUCAGCAACCUAUCCAGGGGGCUUGUGCUCCUGAUGUCUGCGAUCAACUGGGGUGUGGGGGCUACCAACUGGAAAAUUAUCCUGUUACGACAAAUUAUCAACAAGUCAUGACGGGACCGCAACCGUGGCCUACACCUGAUGGCGCAACUGUCGUUGGUUUUGGAGGGGCGGAUGGUGUUACGACCGUUGUUUUCGAAGCGACGAAACCUGCUUAUAUCGCUGUGCCUACUAACCCACCUGGUAAAUGGACAGUUGUUGAGGAGGCCGUGACCAUUCCCAAUGGCCCUGGAAACACGUUGACCAUCACGAGUCAUGCGUUGAGGACCGUUCCUGCGUGUCCCGCUCCUUCGACGAGGACGGUUACGUCGACUACUACGACGACUGUCGAUCGAGUGGAUUAUCAGACAUCGUACAUCACCACUACGUCCACUCACACUGCAACUUUGACGACGACGGACACUCAGUACAUAACUCUUCCGCCCAUCACCACUACGUCCACUCACACUGCUACUUUGACGGUGACGGACACUCAGCACAUAACUCUUCCGCCCAUCACCACUACGUCCACUCACACUGCUACUUUGACGACGACGGACACUCGGUACAUAACUCUUCGGCCCAUCACCACUACGUCCACUCACACUGCUACUUUGACGACGACGGACACUCAGUACAUAACUCUUCCACCCAUCACCACAUUUUCAACAAUCACGAACUUCGUCACUUCUAUCACUACAACUACCGCGACAGUCACAGCGUCACCUCCCACACCAACAUGGACGUCUGUUGUCUUCAAACCCUGGACCAGUAUCGAUAUUUACACAAACCGCCCCUUCCGCUUCGAAACCAAUGAUCUAUCCCCACAGAUACUCAGUAUCCAAGACGCGGUUCUCAAGAUGGAAAGAUACUCCGUCGUCGUCGACGGACAGCAAAUUGGAACUACUUCCCCCAUUGACCCUAGCAGGGGCGUUCGUUGCGGUUCCACUCUCGCCGCCAAAGACACUUGUGAAGUCAAAGGCCUCAGUAAAGGACAGUUCACCAUCCCCCCUGGAUCGCACGUUGUCGAAAUCGUCAACGUCAUCGGAGUUGCCGAUACCCCUGAUAGCUACUCGACGGUGCUCUACCAGCUUGAGCGUCAAUGUGCUUCCACUAUCCCUCCACCUCCAUGCUCGCAAAGGCCUGUUCAGGAUGUGGCGGUUGUCGAUGUUUACAGGAAUAAACCUUACAAUUUCUCCCUCAACUUCAGCUUCCCCACCAAGUUAACGGUAAUGGAUGCGGGUCUCCGUGCCGAGAAGUAUGAAAUCUCGAUAGAUGGAGUCUUCGUAGGCAACACAGACGCGUUCACCAUCUAUCCCCAAGUUCGGUGUGGUAUCACUCCCGACGACUACCAAGCCUGCCUGGACAGUGAAAUGAGCAAAGGAGAAUUUGUUGUACCUGCCGGCGCACACACCGUCACUGUGACAAUGGGACCGACUCUUAUCGGACCAACUUGGCCGCACAGUCCGAUAUUCUAUAAGCUUGACACCUACUGCCCAUCUUAAGUCCAUACUGUUGCCAACCCAGACAGAAGGGGCCAUCAGCAAACAUCGAAGGUCGAUAGAAGUGAUAGGUAGCAAUUCAAUCUUCUCAAUUUGCUCUAUCACUACUACAUUAUAUGUAUGUUUGCUUCCUAUGAAUGGUACAUGAAUCUAUAGAAACUGGAAAUCGG